AUGAACGGCGCAGUAGCCGCCACGAGACGUACCAAGAGGAAGGCGUCGCCAGAUGACCAGCGCGGUCCGGCACCGAAACGCCCAGUCAAUGGGAAGCAGCAUUCCGGAGACGAUGUGGAGUUCGCCGAUGUCGAGUACGAGUACGACGAGCCAUCUGGUCUGAGCGACGACCUUCAUACCAACCCCAUCGCCUUCGCCGCCACGCCGGUCAGCCAGGGUGAAUGGAGGGAGACCAUCACAAAGGUCGUCCGCAAUGUAGUCGCCAUUCGCUUCUGCCAGACCUGCUCCUUCGACACCGAGCCCGCCCUGACGAGCGAGGCUACGGGAUUCGUCGUCGAUGCCGAGAGGGGGUACAUCAUGACGAAUCGCCACGUCGUCGGCGCCGGUCCCUUCUGGGGUCAUCUCUUGUUCGAUAACCACGAAGAGGUCGAUUGCUACGCCGUCUACCGCGACCCCGUCCACGAUUUCGGUAUCCUGAGAUACGACCCCAAGGCCAUCAAGUACAUGACCGUUGAUGGCCUGGACCUCAGGCCUGACCUCGCACAAGUCGGUGCCGAGAUUCGCGUUGUCGGUAACGACGCCGGAGAGAAGCUGAGCAUCCUCUCGGGUAUCAUCAGCCGACUCGACCGCAACGCCCCCGAGUACGGCGAAGGGUACAGCGAUUUCAACACGUGCUACUACCAGGCCAACGCCUCGGCCAGCGGCGGUAGCAGCGGCAGUCCCGUCGUCAGCAGCGAUGGCUCAGCCGUCGCCCUCCAGGCCGGUGGUCGCUCGGACGGAGCCUCGACCGACUACUUCCUACCCCUCGAUCGCCCUCUUCGCGCGCUCAGGUGCAUCCAGGAGGGCAAGCCCGUCACGCGAGGUGACAUCCAGUGCCAGUUCCUCCUCAAGCCCUUUGAUGAGUGCCGCAGGUUGGGUCUCACCCCGGCCUGGGAGGAAGCCGUGCGCAAGGAGUUCCCCAAGGAGACCAACAUGCUCGUCGCCGAGAUCAUCCUCCCCUCAGGCCCGUCGCACACCAAGAUUGAGGAGGGCGACAUCCUGAUCCGGGUCAACGGACAGCUCAUCACCCAGUUCCUUCGUCUCGACGACGUACUCGACUCCAACGUCGGCAACACCAUAAGCCUCCUCCUGCAGCGCGGCGGCCAGGAUGUCGAGGUCGAGAUCGAGGUCGGCGACCUCCACGCCAUCACCCCCGACCGCUUCGUCACCGUCGCCGGCGGAAGCUUCCACAACCUGUCGUACCAGCAGGCGCGUCUCUACGGCGUUGCCGUCCAGGGCGUCUUCCUCUGCGAAGGUGCCGGGUCCUUCAGGUUCAAGAACCACGACCACGGAUGGAUCAUCCAGACCAUCGACCACAAGCCGGUGCCCAACCUCGACGCCUUUAUCGAGGUGAUGAGGGCCAUCCCCGACAAGGCCCGCGUGGUGGUGACGUCCAAGCACCUGCGCGAUCUGCACACCCUGAACACCACCGUCAUCUACAUCGACCGCCACUGGACCUCCAAGAUGAAGCUGGCCGUCCGCAACGACGUGACGGGUCUCUGGGACUUUAGCGACCUGGGCGACGCGCUACCGCCCGUACCGCCCGCGCGCAGGUCGGCCUCAUUCAUCGAGCUGGACCACGCGCCCUCGCCCGGCAUCGCCGACCUGGUCCACAGCUUUGUUCACAUCGACUGUUCGAUGCCGCUCAAGCUGGACGCGUUCCCCAAGAGCCGCCGGGCAGGCAUGGGCCUCGUCAUCGACGCCGACAAGGGCCUCGUGCUCGUGUCGCGGGCCAUUGUGCCGUAUGACCUGUGCGACAUCACCGUCACCAUUGCCGACUCGGUCAUCAUCGAGGGCAGGGUCGUGUUCCUGCAUCCGCUGCAGAACUACACGAUUGUGCAGUACGACCCGUCCCUGGUCGAUGCCGACGUCAAGACCCCUCGACUGAGUGACAGCCACCUCAAGCAGGGUGCCAAGACGCACUUCCUCGGCCACAACAGGGUCGGUCAGGUGGUGCACGGAUCGGCGACGGUGACGGAGAUAACGGCCGUGGCGAUCCCGGCCAACUCGGGUGCCCCGCGCUACCGAGCCAUCAACGUCGAUGCCAUCACCAUCGACAGCAACCUCGGCGCCACGUGCAACAGCGGCGUGCUGACCGCCGAGGAUGGUACCGUGCAGGCCUUGUGGCUGUCGUACCUGGGAGAGCGUUCCCCCUGCAGCCAGCGCGACGAGGAGUACUACCUGGGCGUCGGCACACCCACCCUGCUCCCGGUGCUGUCGGCCAUCCAGAGGGGCGAGAAGCCCUCCCUGCGCAUCCUGUCAGUCGAGCUGCGGUCCGUGGCCAUGUCCCAGGCCACAGUCAUGGGCGUGUCGGACGAGUGGAUCCGCAAGGUGACCGAGGCCAACCCGUCGCACCACCAGCUCUUCAUGGUCAGCAAGCGCACGUUUGAGCGCGUCAACCAUCCCGUGUCCCUGAUGGAGGGCGACAUCGUCCUGACGCUCAACGGCAAGGUGUGCACCACCAUCUCCGACUUCGACGUCAUGUACACGCACGAGCUGCUCGACGCCGUCAUCGUGCGCAAGUGCCAAGAGCUGCACCUCCAGCUGCCCACCGUCUCGACGGACGAUAUAGAGACGGAUCACGCCGUUUCGCUGUGCGGCGCCAUCUUCCAUCGCCCCCACCAGGCCGUCCGCCAGCAGAUCAGCAAGCUCCACAGCGAGGUGUACGUCUCUUCCUGCUUCCGCGGCUCGCCCGCAUACCUCUAUGGCGUCACGUCGACGAAUUUCAUCACGGCCGUGAAUGGUGUCGAUACGCCUGAUAUGGUCUCGUUCGUUCGUGAGACGAGAAAGAUUCCGGAUAACACUUACUUCCGCAUGAAGGCCGUAACAUUCGACUCAGUACCCUGGAUGAUUACCAUGAAGAAGAAUGACCACUACUUCCCCACCGUCGAGUGGAUCAAGGAUACGGAGCAGUCGGGCAGGUGGAGGAGAAUCACGUACGAGGGCAAAGAAGUGUUUGAUGGUGAGGCAACGGACGGGGUGCCUGUUGCGCCUGCGGCGGAUGAUGCAGAAUCGGCAGAAUAG